GAACAGUCGUGGAUUCCUGGGCUAAAUCUCGAAUAUCCACGCGAGAGCGCCAUCUCAAUCGGUUAAAACAGUCCGGCGAAAAGUUCCCGAGCCCCACUUCUUGUCUGAACGUCUGCCAGUGAAGACCGGGAAGGAACCGACACCACACAAAAUGAGCGACCUCAGCAAGAACGACGUUGAAAGGGCAUCCUUCGCCUUCUCUAUCUACGACUUCGAUGGCAGCGGCAAGAUCGACGCCUUCAACCUAGGCGAUGUGCUGAGGGCACUCAACUCAAACCCCACAAUGGCAACCAUCGAAAAGCUCGGUGGUACAAAGAAGAAGGGCGAGAAGAUGCUAUCACUUGAGGAGUUCCUUCCCAUUUACAGCCAAUGCAAAAAAGACAAGGACCAGGGAGUCUAUGAAGAUUUCUUGGAAUGUUUGAAACUGUAUGACAAGAACGAAAAUGGUCUGAUGCUUGGCGCUGAACUUACACACACACUCUUAGCUUUAGGUGAGAAACUUGAUGACGCAGAGGUCGCGGAAGUAUGCAAGGACUGCAUGGACCCCGAAGACGAUGACGGCAUGAUUCCAUAUGCUUCAUUCCUGAAGAAGGUCAUGGCGUAGAGCAAUACAAUGUCUUCAAAAUUAGUUAUAAGAUCCUUUCCUGCGAAAAAUGUGCGAUGGUUGGCCUCCUAAACAAACGGCAGAGGGCGAAGCGCCAGCGGCGGAGGAGGCGGCGCCCGCCGCGGAAUAAGCGUUGCCCGCUGCGCAGCAACGGCUGAGCCAACCCCAGCAACACCGCUGAGCCAACCCCAGCAACAACAUCGCUGAGCCAACCCCAGCAACAUCGAGAGUUGUAUACCAUCUGCGGAUUACCCCUUUUUAUACGAAACAACUUUUUAAAUUUUUGUACAAUUUUCUACUGCUGACUGUACAUAACUAAUAUUAAAAGAACUGUAAUGCACGUU